AUGAAGGAAGUUGGCAAAGUCUUUGAUGAGGUUUUGGAGAAGAUCAUUGAUGAGCACAUAAACAAUCCUAAAGACAGUGAAGAUAACCAGAAGGACUUCAUUGAUGUGAUGCUAUCUUUGAUGGUGGAUUCAAAACAUAAGAAUAUUGUAGAACAAGAACAAGGCUACAUGAUCGAUCGGACUAGUAUAAAAGCAAUUAUUUUAGAUAUGAUUGUGGCUGCAACAGACACAACUUCUGUCACAGCUGAAUGGACCCUUUCUGAACUCUUAAGGCAUCCUAAGGUGAUGAAAAGGCUUCAGGAAGAGUUGAUGAAUAAAGUUGGCAUAGAUCGACAAGUGGAGGAAAAUGAUUUAGUUAAGCUAGAGUACUUGGACAUGAUGGUGAAGGAAACCAUGAGGCUUCAUCCUGUUGCUCCAUUCUUAUUGCCCCAUGAGCCUUUGGAAGACAUAACAAUCAAUGGAUACCAUAUACCAAAGAAGUCUCGUGUGAUUAUAAAUGCAUGGGCAAUUCAAAGGGACCCUAAUGUGUGGUCGACUUAUGAUGAUGCUGAAAAAUUCUUAAAACCCCCAACAAGAGAAAAAGAAUUGAAUAGGAGAUGCAGAAGCAGCAGCACUUGUCUAAGAUAUCAGGAGCAGUGGCCAGGACUAGGGUCGUUCACGUACAUUCACGUACGUGAAUAUUCCCUAGUCUCUCCAUAUUGGCGCAACGUCGGCAAAAUGUGCACUGUAGAGCUCCUAGCCGCUGCAAAAGUUGAUUCAUUCAAGAAUAUGAGGAGAGAGGAAGUUGGUCUCUUUGUUAAGUCGCUCAAAGAUGAAUCUGGUGCAGUGGUUGAUGUGAGUUCUAAGGUGGGUUCUCUGAUAGAGGACAUGACUUUGUGA